GCCUCCUAAAAGGAACAAUAAGCUCCUAACAACCAGGUUUGAGGACAAAAUGACUCCUUGCUGAUCAGUCUUUAAGAGAAUGUAUUAUAAAACACCAAACAUACUUAUUAAACGAAAAGAGAACUAUAGUAACUUUCAUCCAUCAUUCUUGAGAUUAGACAGAUACAAUCCUCUGGUAUUAUAAAAACGUAUUACAAGAAAUUCUGUGUCCCUUCAAUAGUAAAGCCAGCCCUGCUAUUAAAUCCAGGUUUUGUCGGUCCCUUGAAUGGCCUUAGUAGCACUAUAUUUAAAUAAAUGCAUUUCUUUUUCAGCUGCUACUAAGCAGAAUCCCGUGUGCUGCCAUGAACAGUGUGGAGAUGGAAUCUGUCCAGAUUAAAGAGGAGUUCUCUGAACCUGAACUUGUCCCCUUUAGAGCGGAGGUCUCUGGGCUGGCUUCCCUUCCCAUUAAACAGGAGCUCUGUGAGAUGCAGUGUGACAGCAGUCAGUCAGAGGUCUCUGAGAUUAAAGCUGAGCACAAUGAAUUGGAGAUCUCUCAGACAGAAGAACCCCUUCCUGUGAAACAAGAAGAGGUGCUGGAAAUUAACCAUAUUAAACAGGAGCCCCCUGAAGUAGAGUUUGCCCACAUGGAACCAGGGAAGGAAGAAUCCGAGGACUUCAAACCAAACAUCCCUGAGCUGGAGAGAGUCUGCGUGAGAGAGCAAGGUGCUGGAGAGGAAGGCUCUCCCAACAGCAUGCAAGGAGGUGGAAAGGAAGAUGGGCAGUCACAUUCAGAAUGCAGUCUAGCAGGUUCCAGUCCAGCAGCUAAAGCGAGGGCAGGCGGUGGAGAAUAUCCUGACUGUGGUAAAGGUUUAACGCAGUUAGGGCAUUUAAACAAAACCCAGCGAACUCACACAGGCGAGAAACCGUAUUGCUGCACUGACUGUGGGAAGAGUUUCAGUCAUUCAAACAGCCUUGUUUUACACCAGCGAAUUCACACAGGAGAGAAACCGUAUCACUGUUCUGACUGUGGGAAGAGUUUCAGUCAGUCAAACAGCCUUGUUUUUCACCAGCGAACUCACACAGGAGAGAAACCGUAUCGCUGCUCUGACUGUGGGAAGAGUUUCAGUCGGUCAAACAGCCUUGUUUUACAUGAACGAACUCACACAGGAGAGAAACCAUAUCACUGCUCUGACUGUGGGAAGAGUUUCAGUCGGUCAAACAGCCUUGUUUUACACCAGCGAACUCACACAGGAGAGAAACCAUAUCACUGCUCUGACUGUGGGAAGAAUUUCAGUCGGUCAGGCAGCCUUGUUUCACACCAGCGAACUCACACAGGAGAGAAACCGUAUCGCUGCUCUGACUGUGGGAAGAGUUUCAGACAGUUAGGCAGCCUUGUUUCACACCAGCGAACUCACACAGGAGAGAAACCGUAUCACUGCUCUGACUGUGGGAAGAGUUACAGUCAGUUAGGAAGCCUAAAAGGACACCAGCGAACUCACACAGGAGAGAAACCGUAUCACUGCUCUGACUGUGGGAAGAGUUUCAGUUGGUCAGACAGCCUUGUUUCACACCAGCGAACUCACACAGGAGAGAAACUGUGUCUCUUAAACAAGCCCUUCCAAAACACCAGUGAAUUCACAGAGGAGAGAAACCUUAAAGACUGUUUUGUGUAUCACUCUUAACCCUUUGCGGUCCAUUUUUUCAGCAUGUAUGUUUUGUGUAUCACUCUUAAGAGCAUGCAUUUUAAAUUGUAAAAAUGCAAAUCCACUCUCUUGCUCUCUGUCAAAGUGGGCAGUGACGUGAACACGUCACAAGAGGCUUCUCUGCUGUCAGUUUAACUCAGGCUGUCAAUGCAGUCAGUGCCUGGGAGCGGGAAUAUGCAGAAAGGAAACGAUUCACACCUCAUCUGAUGGACGAGUCAGGAGAAAUCAAUAACUCAGUGUGGAAAUGAGUUUCAGGAUUUAACAUUUGAACUUCAUUAACUUGAAAAUAAAUAAAUUGAUGGGAAUGAGUAUCCAGACCCCUGAUGUAGCAUCCCAGAGACGAGACUGCAGCGUCCUUACUGGGCAACCACCUGGAGGAUGUGUCUUGUAAAGUCAUCACGUUUCAAAAACGAAUGAAAACUGAUAGUGUCGCAUGACUGUAUUAUGACAUGAAUGAGUGAAUAUUGCGUGACGUGUCGCUUUGCAGUGUGCAUUGUCCAUGCUUGUGUUUGUGUUGCUUUUGUAAAGUGCCCCGAGUAAUAGCAGUGCAGUGUAACGGAUGUGCAAUGGAUGUAUUUAUUUUUUUGAAUGUAAUAAGAUUGAGUUUUAUUGUGUGAUUUUUAUCAUUUUUACUGUUGCACUGUCCCUUUAAACUCCAGGAAGACUGUUGGUCUCAAUAGUAAUUGCAGUGCUAAUUCGUAAUGGGGCCAGCUGUAUAAGAACAGGUGGGAUUAAUCAGUGCGAGGGCGAUCGGGUUUGAGAGAUUUGUGAGCUGAGAGCACGGGUCGGGGAACUACUGUUUGGUAAGGAUUGUAACUUUUCAAGUGUAAUACUGAGGCGCUGUGAAUUGGCUGAAGCGCUAGAAGUUAAUGGUAAACUAUUCAUAUUGAAUAGUUUGGUCCGCUCUAUAUUGGAGUGGUUUCAGUGAAGUAUCCCCCGUACUCUUAGACGUCGGUCGCAAUUGUAUGGGGUUGAUUACAAAAGAGAAUGUGCAUUGUCUGUAUUCUGAGUUUGUAAUUACGAUCCUGUGAAUUUUGAUGUAAUUAUCUGAGCGCUGCAUACAAACUUUUUUUCUGUGUUAUUGGUUGUUUUAGACUUUUAGAGUAGCGUCUUUGUCCUGAUUAUCCUAACUGUAAUUGUGUAUGUGUUUACAAUGUAUAGUUAUGAGAGGUCUGUUAACUGUUGAUUGCACACCUGCACUUUAUCAACUUGUGUAUUAACGAAAAUAGCGGCUAUUGGAGGGUUUAAGCAUUAUAGGCAUUUUUUAGGUUGCAUGACGUUUUCUGUUCUAUGAAAAUCACUGAUUAUGACUUUUUUUUAGUGUGUUAUUUAAGGUUUGUUUUAUUGUUUGGAAUUGUGUUUGUGGAAACCACUAUUUGCUUGAAGGCUGUUAUUUAAAAGUGUUAUUGUGCUGUGAAUUAUCUUUUUAUUUAGAAGUGUUGGUGUGACAUGACUUAGUUUAAAGUAUCCUAGUGCUUAGGGUCUGAUGGGAUCGCUCUUGGUUAAUAAUCUGCUGCUAUAGUUUAAAGGUUGCUGCUAUCAAAUCUGCUGCUAUAGGUAAAAGCUGUGAUAUUUUGUUUAAAUAAAAUUCUUGUUUUUAUACCUUGUUGUCCUCACUUUACACACUGUGCUGUCUUGAUUUUUAAAGAACCUGUUAUUUAUUUGGAGUUAUAUUAACUUCAAAUUGGCGUAGUCAUUAAUCCUACUUAAAUUGGUUAUUUAAGAUAGUCAAUUUAAUUAUAGGGAUAACUGAGGGGGUUAUCCUUGGUUAACUAGUGAACAGUGUUUUGGACGGGGGGCGCUACAGCAGCAGGCAUGUGUACGGAUCUUGGGUACAGAAAGUCAUAGCGGUUUCAUCCCUGGCUCUUUCUUGCUCUUUUGCAGUAUCUUGCACUCGGUGACAAAUUCCCAAUGAAAAUGUAGCUGAGCUAUGACUAUUAAUCAGGGUUCGUACGCUAGUCUGGAAGUCUGGAAAAAGUAUGAAAAAAUGCAAAACUGAUUUCCAGGGCUUGAAAAUGCUUGAAAAACCACGUCUCCGUUAUGAAAGUCUUGAAAAAGUCUGGAAUUUUACUAGCAUCACGGGAAAAUUAAAAUGAUUCUGCGAUUACUUUUAUUAUUAAUAGUAAUUGAUCUCUAAAGCGGGUCAGCAGCUCUAGCAGUAACUGUCUAGGCAAUUUACUAGUAGCAGCUAUGUUGCUUGUGACCAAAUCCCGCGAGGAUUGCCCCGUGUAUCACCCCUGACAACGUCCUCACAACUCAAAAGCAAUCCUAUCCAGUCAGCGCACUGGUAUAUGUCACAUUACUGUCUGCUCCAGUGAAACGAAGGGUAAAAUGGACUCUACGACAGCCAAGGCUAUGAUUUUUUAAACAAAGUUACAGACUGGAAUUACAAGCUACUGUACUCUGCUCACCGAGAUUCACAUUGUGUUAUCUUGUUGUUACCUUUAUUAAAUCGUUAAUGUUAUUUCCCAACCCAGGAAAAAAAAUCGAAUACGAUAGUUGGGGUGUAUUCAAACUGGGUUCAUUUCAAACAUCCUCAGUUCGGUUCGUUUGCUUUGAAGCAGUGUAUCAAUGUGCUAGCUGUUCACACUUGCCUUGUAUACAAACGUACUGAGUUCGUUUGGAAAUUAACUGGGGCUCAUUUUCGUGGUUCACUUCCAUGUUUUCCCAGGACUCAGUUCACUUGUGUUCAUAUUGAAAUAGUCAGGGCAGCAGUGUGGAGUAGUGGUUAGGGCUCUGGACUCUUGACAGGAGGUUUGUGGGUUCAAUCCCAGGUGGGGACACUGCUGCUGUACCCUUGAGCAAGGUACUUUACCUAGAUUGCUCCAGUAAAAACCCAACUGUAUAAAUGGGUAAUUGUAUGUAAAAAAUAAUGUGGUAUCUUGUAACAGUUGUAAGUCGCCCUGGAAAAGGGUGUCUGCUAAGAAAUAAAUAAUAAUAAUAAUAAUAAUAAUAAUAAUAAUAAUAAUCAAGUGAACUCGUUUUUUAUUAAUAAAAGACCAUCGGAUGUUUACAUUUUCUGGCAUUGCUUCUUCACACUAUGUAAAUAUUCAAAUACAAUAGUAGUACAGUAGCCUACUGUAUAUAUUGUUUAGUAUUUUGCUUUUUUUCAUUUAUAUAAAAUCCUCGUAUAUUGAAAAAAAAAGAACUACGGUAUUGUAAUAAUGACAACAGAUAUAAAGGAAUGUAUUUUUUAGGCAUAUAGCUCCUCGUGUAAAACAUUAGCAUAGAGUGUGUACAGCGAUGAAUAAAUAAAUUGUGUUUUAUUUCAUUUAUGCAAGACAACAGAGAACACGUAAUUCAUACCUGGGAACUAUCUGGCAAACUCUGAGACUGACAUCCUACUGUAGAGCAUUGUUUUCUUUCUUUAAGUUUACUAAACCAAAAUCAGGAACAUAUAAUAAUUUAGAAAAAAAAUCUGGUCCUUUUUUUAAUAUAAUACUUUGUAUUUUAGUUUUUUUUGUUUUUUUGCAGCACUGGUAAACAUAUUUACGUACACACCAAGCAUAACUUUAUCCAAACAGACGUUUGUUAAAAACUGGACAACGAGCCAAAAACGGAAUGUUUAACUUGCAUACUGUGCUAUAUUGUAUAAUAAAGUUGGUGCUUGCACACCACCUCGCACAACAUCGUAUACAGUAAUCCACAUGCAGCUGUAUUUUCUGCAAAUGUGAUUUUUUUUCCCAAUGUCAAUGAUGAAUCAUGAAAGCGAUUGGAGGCAGUUGACAUCAUUCAACAUGAACUUGAACAAUUCUACAAAAAAAAGAAAACAGCUUUUUUAAAAAAAAGAAAAAGAGGUUAUAGCAAUCGCACCAGCCAACCGGAGCCACGGUAAUUUUAAUAAAUUCCCAGGUAUGUUGAUAUUACAGCAAAUACAUUGGGUUUUGUCAGUCUGAUUUUUUAAUUUUUUUCUGAUCACAUUUCUAACAAUGCCGUUGUUUCCCCCGUUGUCCAUAUCACUCAUCUGGACAUUUUUACCACCUGUUUGUGUAUGCAGUAACUACGCUACUGUACAGCCAAAUCUACCGGGUUUGUUUCCUGUUUGCAAAAGAACCGAGACCGUCCAGUGUUCACAUUCAUGUUUUUAAGCGAACUGAACUCAGUUCUUUUGCCAAACGGUCUGAGACGAUCUCUUCUAGUGGUCUCAGUUCAGUUCAGUUCGGUUUGGUUCGUUUGCCAAGUUUGUCGAACUUUGAUGUUCACACUGCUCUCCAAACGAACCGAACCGUACUGAGUAUGAAAAAAAGCUCCGGUGUGAACAGGCCCUUAUUAUCACCGACUCGGAUUAAAAAAAUAAACUAUUUCUGCAGCCCCUUGGUUUGUACAAAUGUAGCAUGUUAACAUCGCUUUUUUCAUUUCUUUAAUGUGAUUAAUAAAACGUACAAGUAAUUUUAUUUUAAAUGUAUGGUGCUUGCUUGUAACUUACAGUACCGAGUGCAGCAACUGUCUCGGGUCCAAACCGUCAGCUGAGUGUACUAUUUACAUCCUCGCUAU